GUCUCAUUGAACGAUCAAGAAGUAAGGUAUAAAGCUUCAUUUGGCAUUGAAGACAACACAUAUAAACCUCACAUUCAAAUCAGACUCAACAUGAAGAUUGUCGCAAUCGCAACAGCGUUUCCACCAAUUGUUGUACUUCUGGUCGGAACCGGUCUUGUUGGUAAUUUGUUAAAAGAAUUUCGCGAUCUUAGCGAAACAGACAAUGCCUAUGAUCGUGGUGCAUUUGGAAGAUUCGAGUUCUACUUGUUCUCCUCCUGUCUUGGAGUGAUCAUAUCAAUUCUUUCGCUUGUGGGAGCAGCUACUGGGAUAGUUGGGAAUAAGGGUGGAGCUUUAGCCAUGGCAUCGGUGCACGCAUUAUGGGCACUGCAACUAUUGGUUUCAUCAGCUCUAAAUGCAAAAGUCGUGGCUGAAUUCGAGGGGGAAGAGGAGCGCGGCUUUGGCAGAGAAACAAAAUCCACAUGUGAACACUGGGAAGAGUCGAAGUCAGAUCUCAACUGUAAUCAUCUGAUUGGUGGAGUUGUAUGUGGUUUCAUCGGAGCUGUCAUCUUCAUUGUGAACACGGUCGUCUACCUUCUUUGGGCGAAACAGUCAACUGAGUAAAAGUUGGCAGUAAAAUUGCAGACGUCAUACUCGUUCACUUUUUUAACGAUUCUUCUUAGUUCUUGGAAACGAGCAUGACAUUGAGGCAUAUCUUGUGAAUUCAUUGUUAGUAUAUAGAACCUAGUGCACGAGUGUUUUGCAUAAAUGUGGGCAUAUAACCCAAGUCAAAUGUAGCCUGGAUUAAUAUAAUACAAUUUUUUCUGCA